AUGACGAUCCGAUUUCUCCUCGUCUUUGCGUUAAUUCAACCUGCUUUCAUUCACUGUCAACAGCCGAAGUUCGACACUUCGCAGUGUGAAAUCACAAAAGGAUGUCAUUUACCAGAACCCAAAGAUUCUGUUGGGAUGGGUGUCGCGUGGAAUUUGCUAGACGAUGAGACUCUAGAGCUGGAGUUGUUUGUGAAUACAGAUCAGGCGAACGGGCGCUACGUGGCUGUUGGGUUUUCAGAUGACGAUCAAAUGGGAAACGAGCCAGUGAUCGAGUGCUCUGCGAUUGCUCAGCAACCUCCUAGCUUGAAGUUCUCCUUCGAUAAAGCUAAUGGAAAAGGCAAUGAAAGAGUUCCAGGGAACUUCUCCGCUCACUUUUACGACAUCUCCACAUCAUUCCAAGACGGUCAAUUGUACUGUAAGGGUACUGUAAAAGUGUCAGGAUCUUCUGAAAACGAGAAAGUCUUCAAAUACGACCCAUCAAAAGAAUAUCAUUUGCUUCUGGCCAAUGGAAAAACCACAGCUAAAGGGUUGGGAUAUCACAAGAGCCAGUCGUCGGUAUCCCGAAAAUUAAGGCUUGCUGAGAACUCUGGCUUCGACAAAACCCAAUGUGGAAAAUCCAAAGGAUGCACUAUGCCAGACGCUGGCUCUUGCUAUAAUGUCGAUGGAGGAAUCGGAGCAUCGUAUCGGCCAAUCGAAGGAACGCAAAACAUUGAAUUUGAGAUUUUCGGUCCUGCAAACACGUCAGCGACUAACGAUGUCUUUGUUGCUCUGGGAUUUUCGAAUGACGAAUUUAUGAACGCCUCCAGUGUCAUCGAAUGCUCCCAACUCCCCGGUGAAGCCAAUCCCACAAUGAAGUUCAGCUACAAUCCGGUCUUCAACAACACACGAAUCGCCGGAGAAGAAGCGAUUCGAGCUAAACUCAUCCAACAGUCAAUCGGAAAGGUCAGUGACGGAUCGGUGUAUUGCAAAGGAAUCGUCAAUGUGGGCGGAGAUGUGAACGAGCCGAGAAUCUUCAAAUGGAACAAAGACCAGGGAUACCAUUUGCUGUUCGCCGUAGGAUUCACAGCAUCAACUGGGCUUACUCCCCAUUGGGGAUCUUGUGUUUCAAUUUUGACAUUUUUGGAUCAACUUGACAAUAUUGGAUUUAAUGAUGCUGACUGUGGUAACAAGAAGGGAUGCUUCCAACCAACAGACUGUGAUGGAGGUUGUGAUGAAAUCGCAUCUUCCUGGCAAGUGCUGAGUCCAAACAAGCUUCACGUGGAGCUCACCGGAAAAGUGGCAACGCCUAACAAGUACGUGGCAAUGGGAUUCUCAACCAACGGUCGGAUGGGAAACAACAGUGUUAUCGAGUGCUCGAGUUUCGACAAUGGCACAUUUUCAAUGACGUUUUCUUAUAACCUCGUUAAUGCACACAACAGUAACCUUCGACCAUCUACAGACGUCUCCACUUUGUUCAGCAAUCAACGUGUCCAGUUUGUGGAUGGUGUGCUCUACUGCUCUGCUGAUGUAUUGGUAGAAGGAAAUGCGAAUGAUCAGGCUGUGUUCAAAUAUGAGCCUGGCACAAACUACACAAUGGUUAUGGCAACAGGAGAGACAAAGACAAAUGGGACGGAGAAAGGAUUGGGAUCUCACCACGGGAAGAGAAGUGUGGCACCAGCGCAGUUGUUGUCUGAUUACUUGCCACCAACAGCGGCACCACCGCCAAGUGGAGGGGGAUCUUUCGAUUCAUCGGCCUGUGGAAAAACGAAGGCUUGCUACGAGCCGACUACUGGUGAUGCUGUCUCUUAUCGCGUCAUCAACCCAUCUUCCAUCGAAUUCGAAUUCUCAUCCACCCAAUCCUCGCCGUCUGGCGUCUACCUGGCACUCGGUUUCUCAUCCGACGGAAAAAUGUCGCCAGCCGAUGUUAUCGAAUGCUCAUCGCUUGGAAAUCAGGCACUCUCGAUGAAAUUCUCAGCGAAUUCUGGAUAUUCCAAUUCAAGAAUCGACGGAGAAGAAGACAUCCGUUCUCAGUAUAUCACCGACACCCAAACUUCGUACGCCGAUGGAAAAAUCUAUUGUAAAGGAACAGUGAAAUCGGACGGAAAUGCCAACACCCAGAUUUUCAAGUGCACUCCAGAUCAAAAGUAUUAUCUGAUAGUUGCAAAAGGAGCGACCAGUGCUGGUGGAUUAGGAUAUCACGGUCAGAAUGGUAAACACGUGUCAUCCCAACGUCUUCUAACCGAUCUCAGUGCUGGAAAUGGGUCAGGAUCAACAGUCACCCUUGUCAUGCUUCACGCUAUUUUCAUGACGGUCGCCUGGAUGACGAUGGUCCCAACUGCCGUUAUUUUCGCAAGAGUAUUGAGGUCUUCAUGGCCCACGUUGAAGCCCGGAGGCUUGUUGAUCUGGUUCCACAUCCAUCGUGGCGCCAACCUCAUUGGAAUCGCCCUUAUGAUCGCUGGCUUCGUGCUGAUUCUGGUGCAUAAGGACUGGAAGUUCGUGACAGCUGGAUGGGGUGGAAAGCACGCGAUCAUAGGAAUCAUCGCACUGUGUUUGGCAUGGUUGCAACCGUUUAUCAGUACCCUCAGAUGCUCGCCAAACGAUCCGCGGCGGCCGAUUUUCAAUUAUAUUCAUAGAGGAAUCGGAGUGAUCGCAAUGGUCUUGGCUACCACCGCUAUCUGUAUCGCUGGAUAUCAUUUCACUGGCAACCGAAACGUCGUUCAAUUAGUUCUCGCUCUCAUCCCGAUCUCUGUCAUCUUCGCUCUCUCAAUAUUCUUCAUAAUUUUCAAUAACCUCGUAGACGUCGACACAAAAUCAUUCACCAAGCAGAAUGGAAACAGCUCUGCUCGCAUUGAAGACAUCCCUAUGAGACCGACUUCGAAGACGGAGACGGAAACCACGUGGACAAUAAGAUCACCACAGAGCGCGGCGUCACCGGAUAGUGACAGUAGUCGGAAUGAAGUGCCACUGGAAAAGAAACGGCUUUGGGUGAACCGAUUCCGCGAGCUCGUCGUCUAUGGCGCAGUUCUAAUCUUCGUGGCAAUCGGUACCAUUCUCUCUGUCUUUUUCGCUCUUGGACUUAAUGGAAAAUAA